UGCAGUAAUAUUCCAAAGUAAACUUACGUCAACUUUAUAAGGUUCCCAGAAUGAAUUCUACAUGGGCAACUAUCCGCCAAGCGAGAUACCCAAAAUCGUGUGGUCGGCCACGUGAUAACAGUUGUCCAGCAAGCGAGAUAUCUGAAACCGUCUUAGCCGGCAGCGUAACGAUAGGUGAUGAUGUGGUGAUGCGCUUUACAUUCCCGGGUAAUAAUGGAACUGGAACAAAUCAUUAUUAUAUUAUAUGGGUGUUUCUGUCGGAGCGGCGAAUGUCAAGGGUGUGUGUAUGGUGA